AGCCGUCGCCUCGCGAAACAAACUCUGCAACAUCGCGCACAUUUAUUCAUAAAUUUGAGUGGACGGAACAUGGAUCAAAACAUUUAGGAUUAGGGACUGGACCGAAUUUCAAAGUGAAAAGUUUGACAUUGAUGAGAUUUGAGCGCGUGUUCGCCGUCUCCGUCGCGCUCGGUACGCGCCGCUGCGCCCGUCUCUGUUUAACGUCACUUAACCUAGAAAAUUUGAAAUAUACAAAAUGAAAUUCUUCCGCUUUCAAUCGACCACUAAAUUCAUCGAGAAAAAUAAGCAUUUGAGGACCCAUUCGAUUCAGACGGGCCUGCUGAUGGGCGCGGGGGACUGCAUCGCCCAGACUAUCGUGGAGAAAACUGAUUACAAUCAGAUCGAUGGUCGACGAACGGCCAGAUAUGCUUUCGUAGGAUUAGUUUUUGUCGGACCCGCCCUUACGACGUGGUACACAUUCCUGAACCGUAAGCUCCCGCAAAGUCGAAGGCUGUUCAGCGCCGGGGCAUUGAUGAAAGUGGCGCUGGAUCAGCUGGUUUUCGCGCCGUUGUUCCUGCCCAUCUGGAUGGCCACGGUCAACUUCAUGGAAGGCAAAUCGCUGGCCCACAUCAAGAACGAAUUGAAUCUCAAGUACACGGACAUUUUACUUACAAAUUAUACCGUUUGGCCGACCGUUCAAAUGCUAAACUUCGGAUUGGUGCCCAUUAAAUUCCAGGUAAUGUUUACCCAAACGAUAGGUGUGUUGUGGAACACCUAUUUGUCCCAUAAAGUUCAUGAUCAGAAACAGCCGGCAAUACAUCAGGAGACUGAUAAAACUAGCGUAAAUUAAUUAUAGCUUUAUUUUUAUGUUUUUUUUUAUGUAUACACAAUAUUUAUUUUAGAUGUAACGUAAUGUAAUUUCUAGUCAUAUAAUAA